GGUAGCAAGCUAAUAGUAUUGACGUAUUUUUCUUUUUUGGAAAUCUCUACUUCAGCUUCCAUACCAUUUAGUUUUGUCAUUUUCACAGACAAAAAUAUCGAAUUUUCCUAUUUCUCAUCUGGCAAUUGAUUGUAAAAAAAAGUGGUUGAAAAUGUGUCGAGUCAGUCUUCAACAAUAAUAAUAUAACAAUUAAGUUUCGAACAACAUUUCUGAGGAUAUGAAAAACAACGGCAAUGAAGCAUACAAUUUGAAUUCGACGGAAGAAAAUUGAUAAUUUUGGAACAAAAAAAAGUUAUGCUUCGGGGUGGAAACUGAAUUGAAAACGAAAAAAAACAUCAUCGAUAAGCAUUUUACGAAUUUAUACAAAUAAAAGAGACGAGAAAAUUGAAUUUAAUCCAAAAAAGCGAGUGAAAUAUAAAUACGAAAUUGCCAUGCACAGCAAACAUAACAGUAUAGUCAACAUGAUUAUGGAUGUAGGAGCUGAAAAUUCAUACUUAAGGAGUCGGAGGAAAUUAUGCAACGUGAAAAGCAUAUGUUUAGUUAUUUUUACAAUGUCCCUCAUAUCAACGACGACUGCCAUCAAAUGCUACGUUUGUGGUGAUGAAUCAGAAUUGCCGUUUUUGGAAACGAAAUCAAUGAACAUCAAUGAAACAUUUAUUAAAGAGAAAAUUCACAACUCAUGUGACGAAUUUGAUCGUAUUCCAUUGGAAGAGAAGCAUAAGUAUGAAAUGGAGUGCCCGGAUGAUUACGUGGGUUGCAUGUUACAAGUUGGAGAGGAAGUUCUUCGAACAUGUUCCCGACUUAGCAUUGACGAUUGCCGAACAGCAAAUAGAGUUCAUUACUGCUACUGUAAUCGACAACUUUGUAAUGGAGAAAAUGCAGAAAGUAUAAUUGAAAAAAUGGGCGAUAUUGACAUGGAAGAGAAUGACGACGAUGUUGAUAACGAAAGUAUGGAUGAAGCAUCGGGCUCGGAGGAAGAUGACGAAGAUUAUAAUUACCACACUACAAGUCAUAAAAUCGAUUCCACCGAGACAUCAAAACAAGGUGGUGGAAAUACUCAUGGAAAUAAUCUCGUUAUUUUAUCGGUGUCAACAUCACCACAGCCAACAAUUAACAAAGCUGUCAAUUUUAAUUUAAAUAAAAAUCUUCUCAUCUUUUUGACGUUCACUUACGUUACAAAAUUUAUGAUUACAGUCAAAUGAGUUUCUUGCUCACUACUCAAUCCUAUUCAUCUUAAUUAUGUAUUUCAUAAAGAAAGAAGCAAACAAAAGAACAAUGCCUCAGCAUUUUCUAUCGAAUGACAUUUUACAAAUUAAACUAGAGGUUGAAACAUGCUAAUUGGUUUAAUUACUCUCAAAACCAAAAUUGAUUAAAACUGAUAGAGCACCAGGAAAUAUUUUCCAAAAAAGAUGAGAUGGUUGAUUAUAUGAACUAAAUGACAUUAGAAUGGUGUAAAACACAUUUAGCCUAUAUUGUAUUAGAAAAGCAUUUCCCUACUUCACUAGUUUUAAGUAUUUAUUCAUAGUAAAAACUUUUCUUUCUUACUUUUCAUUCAACUCAACACACCAAAGAAAAGCUUUGCGUAAUCACAAAAUUUUAAAAACUCAUUGUGAUUGGUGCUAAAGCAUUUGUGAUUUUAAAUUGAAAAUAUUUUAUUUUGUAGAGGGAAAAAGCGAAGUAGCGUUAAAUUAAGAAACCAUUCCAACUACAUACGUUAUGUAAGUGAUGUAUGCAACGAAGAUUUAGAAAUUACAAUUUGAAUGUUAGAAUUAUAAAUGUGCUUAGCAGUUUUGACAACUAUAUACGUAUAUUACGUAAGAAAAACAUAUUGCAUUGAAAUAAAUCGAUGUUUUAUAAAAUAAAUAAAAGAUAAACAAAAAUAAACUCACCAUCGAACAAAAUA